AUGAAGGGACUCCAGGCAGGAAUCCCACUCGCGGCCCUGGCUGCUGUCGCCCGCGCCACUUCGGUCAUCGGGGGCUCGCAGGGCGAAGAUCGCGGCAGUGACGCCGCGCUGCCGGUCGACAACAAGUUCCGGAGUGAGGUGAACGACUACCGCUCGGACGACCACUCUUUCGACCUUGAUGCGAAGAAGACCGUCAUCGAGCCGGGCCAUGGCCGUCGCCCUCACCACCACGGGGCCAGAGAGGAGGUGAUCCAGUCCAACGACGGACUGUCGAAGGGAUCGACUUACGUGAAGCCGCAAGUCCACGCGGAGUCGAACCACGAGAACUCGUACCAUGAAGAUGACCACUCCGUUCAGCUGGAGAAGGAUGUCGUCGAGGUGGUGCCGCCUCACGGCCAUACCAAGCACCACCAUGCUCGUGGUGGGCACGAAGACGUCGACGUCAUCGGAGGACCCGGCGGUGUUGACACGGGCAAUUCAUUUGCUCUGCCCAUCACCAGCAAAUUCUCCUCCACGGUCAAUGAUGCCUAUGUCGAUGACCACUCACGUGAUAUUGAUACCGACACCACCAUUGUGAAACCCAAGUCGCACCCCCCGAGCCACUUCAAGGCUCGCGGAGAGCACGAACAUGUCGACGUUAUCGGCGGCGCUGAAGGUAUUGACACGGGGAACACCUUCGAUAUGCCCAUUACGAGCAAGUUCUCGUCUGUUGUCAACGAUGCGUAUAUUGAUGACCACUCCCGGGACAUUGACAGAGAUACCACCAUCGUGAACCCCAAGCACCACGGACCUGGUCACUUCAAAGCACGUGGUUAUCAUGAGAAUGUCGAUGUGAUCGGUGGGCCUGAGGGAGUUGAUGUCGGCAACACCUUUGAUUUGCCCAUCACCAGCAAGUUUUCUUCGACUGUGAACGAUGCCUAUGUCGAUGAUCACUCGCGUGAUAUUGAUGUGGAUAAGACUGUCGUUUCCCCUCACCACCACAAGGCUAGGGGCGAGCAUGAGCACGUGGACGUUAUCGGCGGGCCUGGAGGGGUUGACACCGGGAACACCGUCAGCAUCCCUAUUACCAGCAAGUUCUCAUCCACCGUCAACGACUACUAUCAAGACGACCACUCCCGCGAUAUUGAUGUGGACAAGACUGUGGUUAAGCCUCACCACAAGGCCCGUGGAAGCCACGAGCAUGUGGAUGUGAUCGGCGGCCCUGGUGGUGUCGAUACCGGCAACACCUUUGACAUGCCGAUCACCAGCAAAUUCUCCUCCGUCGUCAACGACGCAUAUGUUGACGAUCACUCCUUUGAUCUGAACAAGGAUACCACGAUUGUCCGUCCCCAUCACAAGCGCGAGCAUGUGGAUGUUAUCGGCGGCCCUGGUGGUGUCGAUCUGGGCAACACCUUUGACCUCCCUAUCACAAGCAAGUUCUCGUCCGAAGUCAAUGACUACUAUCAAGACGACCACUCCAGAGACAUCGAUGUGGAUAAGACUGUUGUUAGGCCUCACCACCACAAGGCUCGUGGAGGACACGAACAUGUGGACGUGAUCGGUGGGCCUAGCGGGGUUGAUACUGGCAACACAUUUGACAUGCCCAUCACCAGCAAGUUUUCCUCCGAGGUGAAUGAUUAUUACAAGGAUGACCACUCGUGGGAUGUGGAUUAUGAUAAGACGAUCGUGCGUCCUCACCACAAGCGACAGCAUGGCGAGCAUGGCGAGCACGUUGAUGUGAUUGGUGGACCCGGAGGUGUCGACAUCGGGAACACCUUUGACCUACCGAUCACAAGCAAGUUCUCCUCGGAAGUCAACGACUAUUACCAAGAUGACCACUCGCGGGACAUUGACUACAACAAGAAGAUUGUUCACAAGCGCCAACACGGUGAUGAUGUUGACCUGAUCGGUGGACCGGAGGGCGUUGACAUCGGAAACACAUUUUCGCUGCCGAUCACUAGCAAGUUCUCCUCCGAGGUCAAUGAUUAUUACCAGGAUGAUCAUUCGUGGGACGUUGAUGUUGACAAGAAGAUUGUCCACAAGCGCCAACACGGUGAUCAUGUUGACGUAAUUGGCGGACCUGGGGGUGUAGAUACUGGGAACACAUUUGAUAUGCCGAUCACCAGCAAGUUCUCCUCUGAGGUUAAUGAUUAUUACCAGGACGACCACUCUCGCGACAUCGACACCGACACCACCAUCGUACACCCCCAUCACUACAAGGCUCGCGGCCGGGGCGAGCACGUUGACGUGAUCGGCGGGGCUGAGGGUGUUGACAUUGGUAACUCAGUUGAUAUUCCUAUUAGCAACUCCUUCAAGUCCAAGGUCAACGAGCAGAGCUAUGACGAUCAUUCGGUCGACAUUGACAUCAGCAAGCAUCAUGCCCGCCGGGGAGGGGACUUCAGCAUUCUGGGAGGCCCUUCUGGUGUUGACAUCGGCAACAGCGUGGUGAUGCCUUUCACUAAUACUGUGGAUGUUGAAUCCAACAGUUACCACAAGGAUGAUCACUCCGUGCACGCACAGGUUACGACCACCAUCGUCGCGAAGCCUCAUGGGCACCCUCAGCCUCCCACUCACGACGCUCCUCCUCCGCCCCCAGCUCCAGCUCCGGCUCCGGCCCCGGCUCCGGCCCCUGCACCUGAGCCAGCCCCGCAGCCCAAGCAUGAAGCCCCGGCGCCUGCGCCAGAACCCAAGCACGACCCCGAGCCGGCUCCGGAGCCGAAGCAUGACACUCCUGCACCUGCUCCGGAACCG